AUGGAAAGCAAUCAAAAUGCCCCUGGAGCUUCUGCAAAUGCUGCUGUUCAACCAAAUGGUGUUGCCCAUCAGUCUGUUAAUGCACAUCUAGUUGAUCCGGCGCCUCAGGUUGCUGCUGGUGGAGCUCCUGCACCUCAAGUUGCUCACAAUGCAACUCAGGAUGUUGUCAUGAAUGACCCAGCUGGUAAUGGUGAUGAGGUUUAUGUAUGUCCCUGCACCACAUACAAGUGA